GUUUAUUAUUUAAAUGGCCUCUAUUUCAAGACGCCACAAUAGAUUCAGUAACGCGGCAGACGACAGCCAAAACAAUGACAGUAAUGAUGGUGUGUCUGAAGAUGUCACUGAAAGCGAAGUCAGAAAUGAUGAUGCAAACACAAGAAAUACCACCCGAAACCAAUCAAGCGGUAGUCGUGUUACUUGGAACGGACACAUGCUAACCUCUAUGGGAGCUUCAACAAGACUCGGCAGUUCUGUGCAGGGAACAAACCUGUCUACAAUGAUGACAAAUAAACACUAUCGUACUGUUGUUGGUAUUGAAAUAUCAAACUGGACAAAAUAUCACCUGACCAGUCCUGAAGUAUACAUAUAUUCAGGUUAUAUUUCAGCGCCGCCAGUUUCAGUCCAACCUGGUCAAAAAGAGGUUAUGAUAGCACACAAACACGGUUACACAAUGACAGGGUCAAGUGGAAUUGUAUCAUGGUUAAUUAAAGACAGAGAAAAACGUGUAGUGAUCGUGUGGGGAUCGCCAUUUAUAGCCAGCAAUACCAUGGCAGUUGGUUUAACUACUGUAGGAAACGAUAAUCAUGAUAAUACCUGGUUCAAUACAAUUACUCAAAGGAAAAGUGAUACGAAUCUUGUAUACAAAUAUUUUACUUAUAACAAUUCAAUUAAAGAAAUAUUGGUAGAAGAUGACGAUUUUCAAAUAUGUGGUUUAAUGGGAACCAGUCAUAAACCGGAAGUCAAAAUAACUGUCCGGCCAACAAAUAAGUUGGAUCUGUCUACUGUUGGGUUACAAUGAAAAUAGUGCUGGUGUAACAAAUCAGUACCUGUGAUUUUGAUG